AUGGACGCGGAAGUGGAGGUGACUGUAAUGAGGGCCGUGGACGAAGGGACGGCGCCCAAGCCACCCCCUCUGAGCAAGAACGACAGGGAGCGCGUCAACAACGCGCUGAAGCACUUUGCCACACGCGGCUGGGCAGCGGACCAGGCGUUGGCAAUCUACAUCCCCUCGCGCUUCUUCCCCACGGCGGCAUCCAAGUUCCGCCGCUUCGUGCUGCGCUGCUGCCGCCCCGAACUCGCCUCUGCCCUCUCGCACAUGGGCGCGGGGAGGGACGCGGACGAGUUUCUGUUUCCGCUCUUUGCAGAGUUCUGCUUCGGAGAGUUCCCGGAGGAGAUAAGGAGUUAUAGGGAUUUGUUCUGCUUCGGGGAGUUCCCGGAGGAGAUUCGGAGUUACCGGGAUUUGGUGUUUGACCGGGUGAACGCCGACGGAGUGUAUUGCAAUCUGGUGACGGGGCAGGAGAGGAAGGAGAUGCCCUUCGCUCACCACACCGCCUGCACCAUCGAAAUGGCCAACCUCUCCACGCCUGUGGACGUGGCAGUCAUUGAUGAGAUCCAGAUGAUAAGUGAUGACUACAGAGGGUGGGCAUGGACCAGGGCCCUCCUGGGAGUGCAAGCAGCGGAGGUGCAUGUGUGUGGCGACCCCUCCGUGCUGCCGCUGCUGCGAGCCAUCUGUGACGCCACUGGGGACGCCUUCGAGUGCCACCAUUACCACCGCUUUGCACCGCUCACAGUGGACCAGACGAGCUUGCAGGGUGAUCUGGGGCGGGUAUCACCUGGUGACUGCAUUGUGGCGUUCUCGCGGCGAGAGAUAUUCGAAAUCAAGGGGGCACUGCCGCCAGAGACUCCUGAGGGUGCACUCACUCCCGUGUUUGUUCCUUCCUACUUACUCCCUCCCUCGCAGCGAGCGGUGGAGAUGACAACGAAGCACCGGUGCUGUGUGGUGUACGGGGCACUGCCGCCAGAGACCAGGCGGCAGCAGGCGAGGCUGUUCAACGAGGAGGAGAGUGACUUCCGUGUUCUCGUAGCUUCAGACGCCAUCGGCAUGGGACUCAACCUGUCCAUUAGGAGAGUCAUAUUCAGUACGCUGCACAAGUUCAAUGGGGAGGAGAAGAUCCGCAUCCCUUCACCCAUGGUAAGCACGGGCGUUUACAGUGCUCAUGUUAUCAGAUGCCACCGGCAUGUUAGCAGGCGGCAGCAGGCGAGGCUGUUCUGUUCAACGAGGAGGAGAGUGACUUCCGUGUGCUCGUGGCGUCUCAUGCCAUCGGUGUGGGACUCAACCUGUCGAUUUGGAGGGUUGUCUUCUCAACCUUGCUCAAGUAUAAUCGGGAACAGAAGAGAAGAGUUUAAUGGGGGACAGAAGAUUGUCAUCCCUUCACCCAUGGUAAGCACAGGGGUGUUCACCACAUGCACAGAGGCACCGUUUCUCUCCCAUCAGUUUCGCUCCCAUCAGUUUCGCUCCCAUCAGUUUCGCUCCCAUCAGUUUCGCUCCCAUCAGUUUCGCUCCCAUCAGUUUCGCUCCCAUCAGUUUCGCUCCCAUCAGUUUCUCUCCCAUCAGUUUCGCUCCCAUCAGUUUCGCUCCCAUCAGUUUCGCUCCCAUCAGUUUCGCUCCCAUCAGUUUCGCUCCCAUCAGUUUCGCUCCUAUCAGUUUCGCUCCCAUCAGUUUCGCUCCCAUCAGUUUCGCUCCCAUCAGUUUCGCUCCCAUCAGUUUCGCUCCCAUCAGUUUCGCUCCCAUCAGUUUCGCUCCCAUCAGUUUCGCUCCCAUCAGUUUCGCUCCCAUCAGUUUCGCUCCCAUCAGUUUCUCUCCCAUCAGUUUCGCUCCCAUCAGUUUCGCUCCCAUCAGUUUCGCUCCCAUCAGUUUCGCUCCCAUCAGUUUCGCUCCCAUCAGUUUCGCUCCCAUCAGUUUCUCUCCCAUCAGUUUCUCUCCCAUCAGUUUCGCUCCCAUCAGUUUCGCUCCCAUCAGUUUCGCUCCCAUCAGUUUCGCUCCCAUCAGUUUCUCUCCCAUCAGUUUCGCUCCCAUCAGUUUCGCUCCCAUCAGUUUCGCUCCCAUCAGUUUCGCUCCCAUCAGUUUCGCUCCCAUCAGUUUCGCUCCCAUCAGUUUCGCUCCCAUCAGUUUCGCUCCCAUCAGUUUCGCUCCCAUCAGUUUUGCUCCCAUCAGUUUCGCUCCCAUCAGUUUCGCUCCCAUCAGUUUCGCUCCCAUCAGUUUCGCUCCCAUCAGUUUCGCUCCCAUCAGUUUCGCUCCCAUCAGUUUCGCUCCCAUCAGUUUCGCUCCCAUCAGUUUCGCUCCCAUCAGUUUCGCUCCCAUCAGUUUCGCUCCCAUCAGUUUCUCUCCCAUCAGUUUCGCUCCCAUCAGUUUCGCUCCCAUCAGUUUCGCUCCCAUCAGUUUCGCUCCCAUCAGUUUCGCUCCCAUCAGUUUCGCUCCCAUCAGUUUCGCUCCCAUCAGUUUCGCUCCCAUCAGUUUCUCUCCCAUCAGUUUCUCUCCCAUCAGUUUCGCUCCCAUCAGUUUCGCUCCCAUCAGUUUCGCUCCCAUCAGUUUCGCUCCCAUCAGUUUCUCUCCCAUCAGUUUCGCUCCCAUCAGUUUCGCUCCCAUCAGUUUCGCUCCCAUCAGUUUCGCUCCCAUCAGUUUCGCUCCCAUCAGUUUCGCUCCCAUCAGUUUCGCUCCCAUCAGUUUCUCUCCCAUCAGUUUCUCUCCCAUCAGUUUCGCUCCCAUCAGUUUCGCUCCCAUCAGUUUCGCUCCCAUCAGUUUCGCUCCCAUCAGUUUCUCUCCCAUCAGUUUCUCUCCCCUCAGUCUCUCUCCCCUCACUUUCUCUCCCCUCACUUUCUCUCCCCUCAGUUUUCCCCCCCUCCGAGGGGCAGCCGGUACGAGGAGGGAGUGGUGACGUGCCUGGACCCCACCGACAUGCCGCUGCUCAUCGCUGCUCUGCAAGACCCCGUUGAGCCCACCACGGCUGCAGGCCUCUUCCCCCUCUUCGAACAGGUGGAGGUGUUCGCUAGUCAGCUGCCUGACGUGUCCUUUGCCAGGCUGCUAGACAGAUUCGUGGAAACAUCCAAGCUAGACGGCACCUACUUUCUCUGCCGCACCGACAACAUCCGGCGUGUGGCAACGAUGCUGGACAAGAUCAAGGGCCUGACCCUUCGCGAUCGCUUUGCCUUCUGCUCGGCCCCGGCCAAUGCCAGAGACCCCACCGUCAUGGCCGCCCUCUUGCGAUUCGCCCGCGAGUAUGCCGAGGGGAAUCCGCCGGCGGGCGAAUGGGUGCGCGGCACGUGGCGCAAAACGGCUGCUUCUGAUCUUAUGGCUCUGGAGACAAAGCAUCAGGUGGCAUCACUCUACCUCUGGCUCUCCUAUCAGUUCCCCAAAGGCGCCUUCCCGGACGCUUCCCUUGCGACAGACAAGGCUCAGAACGCGGCCAAGCAGCUCUCCACGGCUCUCCUCGAGGCUCGGACGCCGAACCUGUCCAGCAGCUUCGGCAAGCCAGGUUCGGUAAGGGACAGGUACGGACCCGGGUUGACGGACCUCCAGCAGCAGCAGCUUUGUGCUCGGCUGAAGAAGAGUGCAGGGAGGAGGAAAUUGGGCGCUGGGGCAUCUCAAAGGUAG